GUUAGACUCGAAACCAGUCGAGAUAACUGAAGAUUCACCAAUGAAUAGGAUUUUUUCAUGUACAGCACUAAAACGAAUAGACAAGACAAGGUCAAUCUUCAAUCUCCUGGUCUCAUCUCUCUCUGUUUCUCUCUCUCUUUUGGGUUUGUUGCUUAGGAAUUUGUUACUAGGUAAAAGUUGUUUUCAAGAUUGCCUCAAGGUAAAUCAGGUGUAUAGCAAAAAAUGUUCAAAAUACUUGAUAAACCAGAGUAGCAAGAAUAGUAUCAAUGUUGAAACUUUUCGUAUUGGGCAACAAUUGAUUACAAACGCUUUCGUUUUUGCUCUCGUAUGUUUUAUUGAUUUUUAGAUUGUUAGUUGGAUCUCAAUAAAUUAAUUGCAUUCAAGUGAAAAUUUCUGGAUUCACUUUUAACCCCGGAAAUGUUAGUGAAAGGACUAGUUAAACAACUUUUGGAUACAUCAACUUCACCAAUAAAUGGUUUGAGUCGGAUUGUACUUUCACGAUGUAAUCAACAUGCUUGGGCCUCUGUUCAACCCUCAUUAGAUACUGAGUUAGCUUCAAUUAGAGAGGCUGGUGUUUACAAAACAGAACGAAUUAUAACGAGUGAACAAAACUCAUGGAUAAACAUUGAAGGUAAACGAGAAAAGGUCCUCAAUUUUUGUGCCAACAAUUAUCUUGGACUUUCGAGUCACCCAAGAGUAGUGGAAGCUGGAAUCAAAGCUUUAAAAGAGUACGGAGCGGGCUUGAGUUCAGUCAGAUUCAUCUGUGGAACUCAGAGUAUUCAUCGAGAUUUGGAACGUAAAAUAGCUUCAUUUCAUGGUCGUGAAGAUGCCAUUUUAUAUGCUAGCUGUUUUGAUGCCAAUGCUGGUUUGUUUGAGGUUUUAUUGAGUGAACAAGAUGCUAUCAUUUCAGAUGAACUGAACCAUGCUUCAAUCAUUGAUGGUAUACGAUUAUGUAAAGCUCAAAGGUUCCGGUACAAACAUCGUGAUAUGGCCGAUUUACGGAACCAUCUUGAAUCAGCCAAAGGUGCUCGACGUAAACUUAUUGCCACAGAUGGUGUCUUUAGUAUGGAUGGUAAUGUUGCUCCAUUAGAUCAGAUUGUUUCCUUGGCCAAAGAGUACGGAGCCAUGGUUUUCAUCGAUGAAUGUCAUGCCACUGGUUUCUUUGGUUCGACAGGAAGAGGGACUGAGGAAUAUUUUGGUUUAAAUGGUUCCGUUGAUAUCAUAAAUUCCACUUUGGGAAAGGCUCUUGGUGGAGCUGCUGGAGGUUAUACCACUGGGCCUAAGCAAUUGAUUGACUUGCUCCGACAGAGAGCUCGACCUUAUCUCUUCUCAAAUUCAAUUCCACCUCCCGUUGUGGCAUCAGCUUCCGAAGUAUUUGACAUGCUUACAGAAAAUUCUGAUUUACCACAAAAACUAACUUCGUUGACUCAAUUAUUUCGAGGGCAAAUGAAAUCAGCAGGAUUCACUAUUCUUGGCGAUGAACAUCCAAUUUGUCCAGUUUUCUUGGCUGAUGCCAAAUUAGCAUCAGCUUUUGCCGACAGAAUGUUAGAUAAAGGUAUUUACGUGAUUGGUUUCAGUUAUCCUGUGGUACCCAAAGGAAAAGCCAGAAUUAGAGUUCAAAUAUCGGCAUCACACACUGAGGAUGAUAUAAACAAAGCUGUCAAUGCUUUCAUCGAGACUGGCAAAGAGUUAGGGGCAAUUAAAUAAUUACAAACCUAACUUGGCUACCAAUAAUCCGAAUUACCUAAAGUCAAAUUGAUGGGAAUAUUAAAAUUUUGAGAUGACCUUUCAUCUUUGCAAAUGUAUCUUUCUUGUCCUUCGUUGUUUAGAUGUACUUUAAUUUGAAGUCGAUGAAAAAAUCUGUUUUAAUAAAAAUUUUCAUCCUUCAACUUGUU